AUGUCUAGCUCUUCAGACCGCGCUCCCGUACGAGACCAAGCUGAAGACGACGCUUGGUUCCCAUCCCCUUACUCCCUCUCCCAAUAUACAUCACCCAAGACGGACUUCGAUGGAGCAAACUACCCUCAUCCUUACAAAGGCGACAAAUGGAAAGUCCUCCUGAUAGGCUCGCAGGAGCGCUACCUCGAGAUGGCUGGCGGUAAAUUCUUCUCGACUGGUAAUCAUCCAGUAGAGAUGCUGCUGCCCAUGUAUCACCUCGACGCCGCAGGGUUUGAUAUCGACAUUGCGACGCUUUCUGGUGAUCCAGUCAAGUUUGAGAUGUGGGCCUUCCCACAGGAGGACAAAGCUGUUAAAGAGAUAUACGAAAAGUACAAGACCAAGAUUCGGAAGCCACUCAAUCUCGAGGAUGUAUGGGGCAAAGGCUUCACACAGGAGACACCCUACCUCGCCGUCUUCGUUCCUGGUGGUCAUGGGGCCCUGAAUGGCAUUCCGUUCUCAGCAACGGUCGGCAAAGUUCUUCGUUGGGCACAUGAGAACCAGCGCUUCCUUGUCACCCUGUGCCAUGGUCCGGUCUGCAUGCUUGCCGCGGACAUUGACAAACCCGAGGGCAGCAAGUUCAUUUACGACGGAUACAAAAUUGAUGUCUUCCCGGACUCGUUGGAUCAGGGAGCUAAUGUUGAUAUUGGUUAUAUUCCUGGAAAGAUGAACUGGUACGUUGGUGAACGGCUCAGCCAGCUCGGUGUCACUCCUCUCAACAGGGGCAUCACUGGUGAGACCCACCAGGAUCGUCUCGUCCUUACCGGCGAUUCUCCACUGGCAUCCAACAAUCUUGGCAAGCUAGCUGCGGAGACGCUGCUCAAGGAAGUUUCUAGAUUAUCAUGA